UAUCUCAAAUUUCAGAUUAAUAUGUUUGUAAGCAUUGCCUGGAGACGGAAAACUCAUUUUCAACCUGUUAAAAGGUUUAUAAGUGAGUACACAAAAUCAGAGGAGAUAAGGAUUCCUACUCCAUAUGGACAUAUUGCUGGCAAGGUCUGGGGAGAGCCUGGAGCUAAACCUAUUCUAGGUCUUCACGGUUGGUUGGAUAACGCAGCAACUCAUGAUAAACUAGUUAAACUUCUUCCCCCAGGAUACAGUAAAACUUCUUCCUCCUGGAUACAGGUUCAACUAUUCUCCUCUCACUACCCUCCUGGGAUGCAUUACAAGCUCUCAGAUGGAUUCACAUUUAUUCAUAGAGUUUUAGAUCAUUUACAGUUGGAUCAAUCUAUUAUUAUUGGACAUUCUUUAGGAGGAGGGAUGGCAUCGUGGUACUCAGCCCUGUUCCCGGAGCGAGUCAGCAAACUGGUCUCGAUCGAUCUUAUCUCCUUCGGGUCAAUGGCUUUAAACAAACACGUCCGAGCCUCUCGACGCUCCGUCCUCGAGUCUGUGAGGAUCGGAGACCAGAUGGCCAAUGGGAAAAUUCCUUAUUAUAAUUUCGAGGACGCCUGUGGACGCGCUUUCAUGGCCUCUAAUAUUAUUAAUGGACUUGGGUCAAUAACUAAGAAAUCAGUGGAAACCCUGAUGAGUCGAGGGUUGGUGGAAGUACCUGACAAAGGAUUCACAUGGACACAUGAUCUCAGAUUACGUAUCCCCACAAUGUUUAAUAUGGUUCUGGAGGUUGCCGAGGAAUAUGCUUCCAAAAUAUCCUCCCCGCAUCUCCUUAUCAAGGCGACAGACUCGAACAAGUAUAUGCCGGACGAGAGCUAUGACAGGUUGUUGAAGGUGAUGAGGAACAACAACCCGAGGUUUAUUUACCGCGAGGUUGAAGGUGGUCAUCAUGUGCAUCUUAACAAACCGGAGGUUGUGGCUCCAAUUAUUAACCGAUUUCUCGAGAUGAAUUUCGAGGAAGAAAAUCCGGGAAAAAUUCCUUAUGAUCUUGUUUAAAAUUAAUAAUUAAAGAUACAAUCCAUAAAUACAAAUUAGAUACAUACUUAGAUCUGAAUUAAACUUUAUUCCUAAGCAAAAUUUACAUUCAGUCAUGGGUAAAUAUUCCUGUGUGCUUUCUAGCAUAACGUACAUUCUGUGCAAUGACUAAUAGACUAUGUACAGUACAGUAUUUAAAAUAAAGAUAGUGUAAACUUA